GCCACUGACCGGCGUAAUGCCAGCGCGAGAAAGUGCCACGACUCCACGCAGUCAUCGACUGACUCCUCAAGCUGGGGAUAAAAAUUUUUUUUGUUUGUUUGUUUGUUUGUUUGUUUUUGGCUGGAGUGGUGAGGCAGUUGGAUUCGAGAUAACCACUUCUGUUUAAACUCUUCCUGAAGUGAUUCAUCCAACGGAAAUCUGCCGCGAGAAAAGAACGCUAACUAGCAGUCAUGGAUAUCUACGAUCCUCAGACCCUUGGAAUUGUGGUGUUUGGUGGCUUCAUGGUGUUCUCAGCCAUUGGGAUUGCUCUGGUCUCAACAUUUUCCAUGAAGGAGACCUCAUAUGAAGAAGCUAUAGCCAAGCAGCGGAAGGAGCAGGGUAAGACCCUAUCCAGCCAACGGUCGGACAAGAAGAAAAAGGACAAGGCAGCUGAGAAAAAAAAUCGUGCUAAGAAAAAGGAAGAUAAGCCCAACGGGAAGCUCCUGGAGUCAGAGGCCACCCCUGAGGUUACAGAAGUGCCAGCUGAGCCCAGUCCUCCAACUCCUCCAGCCCCAGAACAAGUUUCUACACCAGUACCUAAACAAGAGGCCCCAGCUCAGAAGUCUCCUCAACCCACCCCUUCUCAGAAGCCCACUCCACCUGCCCCAGCUCAGAAAUCAGCUUCGACUGUCCCAGCCCAGAAGUCAACUCCACCUGCCCCGGUCCAAAAAUCUGCUGCACCUAUCCAAAAGUCUACUCCAGCACCUCCUGCCCAGAAAUCCUCUCCAACUCCCUCUGCCCAGAAAUCUGCUUCACCUCCUCUUACCCAGAAAUCUUCACCAGCCCCAGCCCAAAAGUCCGCUCCAGCUGCCCCUGCACAGAAAUCCGCUUCACCUGCCCCCGCUCAGAAGUCUGCUUCAAAUGCCCAGAAUGCCCAGAAAGCAGCUCCACCUGCCCCAGACCAGAAAGCCGCCCCACCGGCCCCUGCACAAAAAUCUGCUCCACCGGCCCCCACACAAAAAUCUACUCAAACUCAAAAGGCUGCUCCAACUGCCCCAACACAAAAAUCCUCUCAACCUGCCCCAUCCCAAAAGGCUGCUCCAACUGCCACAACACAGAAAUCUUCUCAGCCUGCCCAAACCCAAAAGGCUGCUCCAACUGCUUCAACACAGAAAUCUUCUCAGCCUGCCCAAAACCAAAAUGAUGUUCCAACUGCCCCAACACAGAAAUCUUCUCAACCUGCCCAAACCCAAAAGGCUGCUCCAUCUGCUUCAACACAAAAAUCUUCUCAGCCUGCCCAAAACCAAAAUGAUGUUCCAACAGCCCCAACACAGAAAUCUUCUCAGCCUGCCCAAACCCAAAAGGCUGCUCCAACUGCCCCAACACAGAAAUCUUCUCAGCCUGCCCAAACCCAAAAGGCUGCUUCAACACAGAAAUCUUCUCAGCCUGCCCAAACCCAAAAUGAUGUUCCAACUGCCCCAACACAGAAAUCUUCUCAGCCUGCCCAAACCCAAAAGGCUGCUCCAACUGCCCCAACACAGAAAUGUUCUCAGCCUGCCCAAACCCAAAAUUAUGUUCCAACUGCCCCAACACAGAAAUCUUCUCAGCCUGCCCCACCCCAAAGGUCUGCUUCAAAUGCCCCGACCCAGAAAGCUGCCUCACCUGCCCCAGCCCAGAAAGUCACUCCACCAGCCCCAGUGCAGAAAUCCUCUCCACCCGACAGAAAACCCAGUCCACCUGCCCCGGCCCCUUCCCAAAAAGCUUCUGCAGGUCCUACCCCUCCUGCAUCCCGUCCUGCUCCCGAAGAUGCUCCGCCUGCCCCAUCUCCUAAGGAAAAGAGGAAGAAGAAAGCCAAAGCAGAGCCCGUUUCUGUUGAGAUUCAGCCCAAAUCUGUGGCUCCAUUGGAGAUGGUGACCAAAAAGGUUCCUGUCAUGGCAGUGCCUCCAGUGGGAACUCCGAAAGCUGUCUCAGCAACUGCUGUGCCGGCCAAAGCAGAAGAGCCCAAACAGGAUGCUCCAGCCAAGAAGAAAGGAGGUUCCAAGAAGAAGUCAGAGCCAGCGGUGGCUGCAGACCCCGCGGACAGUCCACUGUACUUGCCCUACAAGGCCCUGCUUUCCACGGUGAGGAGUACAGUUUUCACUGAAGGAGAGGCCCAGCAGCUCAUUGAGAUUCUGUCUGAUAAGGCUGGUAUUAUUCAGGACACAUGGCACAAGGCCACACAGAAGGGUGAUCCGGUAGUUGUGCUGAAGAAACAGCUGGAAGAACGAGACAAGCAGUUGGCAGCCGAGCAGGAGGACUCAGCAGCUGUUAAAAGCCGACUGAGGGAUUUGACUAAAGAGCUCUCUGUGGAGAAGUCAAAGGUGGCAUCUGUAGAGACCAGGCUGAGCUCUCAGCUGAGUAAACGAGAGCAGGACAUUAUCGCCCUGCAAGCACGCAUGCAGGCCAGUUAUCAAGACCACCUUGCGGAGACUCAGCAACUUAAUGCCAAAAUCUUGGUUCUCCAGGACCAGCUGGAGAAAGGCCCUAAUGCUCAGCUGGCCCGUCUACAGCAGGAGAACUCUAUCCUCAGAGAUGCGCUUAACCAAGCCACCAGUCAGACGGAGAGCAAACAAAAUGCUGAAUUGGCCAAACUGCGUCAGGACUGCAUUCGACUGAAUAAGGAGCUGGUGGAGAAGAACGAAGCCUUGCAGGCUGACGAACAGCUCAGGAAAAAUCUGGAAUCUAAAGCUGCCAUGGCGGAGAAACAACUGACCCAGCUGCAGGCGAACUGGGUGAGCAGUGAACAGGCCCUGCAGAAGCGUCUGGAGGAAGUGAGUGAGGAGCUCAGACUGACCCAGAGCAGCAGAAACAGCCUUCAGACACAGCUUGAACAAGCUCAGAAAGACGCCACUGCUCUAGCAGAGGCUCAAGCUCGUGUGGCCAGUAUGGAGGCGGAAAUGAAAGAGCGGACCGGACAGUUGGAGAGUCUGCAGAGCCAGCUGAAACUGCUGGAGGCGAGCCAGAACAAAGAACAGAACCACAAUUCAGAGGCUUCGAUGGCUGAACUGGAGCAAGCAAAGAGUAGCCUGAAGGAGAAAGAAGAGGAACUGAUCCAACUCAAAAACAUCAUCGCCAAUCAGGUGGAUAACACAACAAAGGUGCAGCAGUUGCAGCACAGCAUUAAAGAAAAGGAUGACCAAAUAGCAACUCUUCAGGGAGAGCUCCAACAGGUUAAAGAAAAAAGUUCAGACCUCACCAGACUUGAAAAUACAGAAAUGCUGGAACAGCUUCAAAACAGUUUGAAAGAAAGAGAGUCUCGGGUGGCUCUGUUUGAAGAAGAGAUGAAGCAGUGUAAAGAACAGUAUGACACUAAACUGGCAGACAGCACAGCCAAGCUGGAGUCACUACAUAAAAGUGUCACUGAAAAAGAGAGCCUAGUGACAUCACUACAACAGGAAGUGCAGCAGCUCAAGGAACUAAAUCAGUCACAAGGCAAGAGUUGCGAAAGUUUGGAGGACAUGCUGAAAUCUGUCCAGGCUGAGACCAAAGAAGUUCUUCAUUCUCUUUUCCCACACAUCAACAUAGAGACAACGCAGACCAAUUGGCUGCAAGACUUUGCUGUGAAAGCACAAGAGGUGUUAAAUCAAAAGCAACAGAGCCAAGAAUCCCAGCAAAGCACAGAGAUGGUGGAGAUAAUGGGGAAACUACAGGCAGCCCAGGAGAGUCAGUGCACAUUACAGUCUGAGUGUGAACAGUACAGGAGCGUACUGGCUGAGACGGAGGGGAUGCUGAAAACACUUCAGAAGAGUGUAGAGGAGGAGGAGAAAGUGUGGAAGACCCAGAUAAUGGAGUCAGAGGAGAAACUGAGAAUGGCACUCAAAAAGAUGCAGGAAUUAGAAGAGACAACAGAGAGCUUGAGAGAGGAGAACCAGAGAACCCAACAGUUGGUUUUGUUGAGUGACAGCCUUUAUUUCCAGGUCGGGCAGCAACUGAGUGACGUGACAAAGCGAGCUCAGGGAGUGGCAGAGAACGGGCAGCCUGAGGCGGAGGAGCGUCAGGUCCAGGCUCAGUUGGAGCAGACGCUGGAAAAACUGCAAGGUGAACAGGCUCUAAACCAGCAGCUCUCUGCAGAAGUGGAGCAGGCUCAGGAAGCCCUCAAAAAACAGCUUCAGAGCCAUCUAGAACAGAUGAAGUCAGCUGGAGACGCUGCAGCCAUGGAGGAUGUUGUUCAGCUGAAGGAGUGUCUAGAGAAGGAGCGAAAGAUGACCAAAGAUUUGGGCCAGGCAGCCACCAAACUCCAACAACUGCUAAGAAACAGUCAGGACCAACUUUCCAAAGAGAAAGAGCAAGUCAGGACCCUGCAGGAUCAACUGCGAGACGAGGAGGGUGAUGGAGAGCUGAAGCAAGGCACUUCUGUUUGAGGUGUAAAACAAAACAAAUUGCCAAAAAUUGCCUUAAGAUGACCAAAAUUUUUCUUCCCUUUUUUGUCGUACUAUAGUCUUGGGAGAAAUUGUUUGAAGACUUUUGGAGAAAUCUAACUCAUGCAAACAUUUUAUGUCGGAAAUGUGCUGGAACUAUUUUCACUUCACAUUCCAUCUGAAACCUUCUGGCUAUGUCAGAAAAUAUUCCUCAAAUGCCUUAUAUAUAUAUAUAUAUAUAUAUAUUCUUAGUGUUCCCGCACCUCUCCUCCUGAUGUCAGUGUUAAAAGGGAAACCGCAUGUACGUUAUGCGUACAUUAACUAGUGCAAUUAAUUUCUUGUAAGUGAAUGAGUAUGCAUAAUUGUAUUGGUACAUGGGUACAGCAUUUGGAAUGCCCUCGCUGUAGCUGGCUUCAACACCAUUGUAGUAAGUUCGAUAAUAAAUGAUAAAUGGCAACAUAGCUUUA